CUCACUGUCUCCUCACGUUCCAUCACCACUAUUUCUACUACCUACCUCUUUGCAGGAUACCCUGCUCCGUCCUCGUAGGGCGUUGGAAACCCGGACACGGCGAUCUUGACGUUACCUCGCGGAGGGCGCCACUCCUCAUUCCCGCUUCGUUCCAACAAGAGUAGAGUAUUGGCUGCGGUUGGUUGCCGUACUGCUUCUGCUGCUGUCACCUGUGUGCGUGGAAUCGGACGCUUGAGUUGUGGUUUUACAUGCGUCUUUUGUGCCGUGGGCUUCUAUCAUCCCCCUACCUGUACGUACGCAGUGCAUCUGCGUCCCUGUGAGGCCAGCACUGUCCCUCACGCCCACCCGGAGGGGAUCUCUCAAACAAUUCAGGCUAUCUGACGACCGGUACAAGUGAAAGCGCUCUGGGAAUAACAGGACCAGUUCAGUUUGUUGUCACCGGUGCUUCUUUCAGACCAAGCGUGGUUCCAUUCAUCCCAGCUUGCCCGCUUAAGUCCAAGGCCUGUCAGCACCCGUCUGGGGUUAUCUGCUGCUAUCAGAUCUAUUACUGGAACCCAGCAGCGCAGCAGCAGAGAGGAGGAAGACACUGCCUCUGUCACCACCACCAUCACCACCACCGCCACCACCCCCCGCGCAUCCGGCAGCCCACGUUUUCUGUCCUGGUAACGGGGUCCGGCUCUUUGAUCGUCGCCAGCACAACACCGCCCUCUCUUUUUUCCUUUCAUCUCGACUCUCCCGAUAAUGCCGUUCUAUCGGUCUUCUAAGCACAACCGAUCUCAACACAACCUGUUGGGGUCAUCGAUUGCUGAAGACCCUUCGCAGGCAACAUCCUCCGUUCAAUCAGGCGCGAGCCUGGGCCCGGGCGCUGCAAACCCCUCUUCAGCCUUGCCAAACUCGGCCUUCAGCUCUGGUUCCAACGAAUCUUUUCAGAUUGAUAACGGCGCCGGAGGACUGAACCUCGUACAGGCCUCACAGUCGCAGCCGUCGCGCUUGGUGAAUAUUUACAACAAUCCCGCCAGCGGCCCCUCUCAUCCCGCUGAUUCUGUUCCACAAUUGCAACAUUCUAACACGGUAACUGGUGUUGUUGAGUCUCGCCAGAGAGACCACGACUUCGCAGAUCAAGUGGCCCGGUCGCACUCCCAUCACUUUCCCCAAAUUUCACCAACCCAGGCCCAACAGCAGCAGCAGCAGCAGCAGCAACAACAGCAACAGCAACCCUCUCCGGCCACGCCUCAACAGCACCACCAUCUUCAAAUUCAACAGCAGCCGCAGUCAAGUCUCGGAUCAAACUCAGUUGAUAAUCUACCAGACACAGCUUCCAUUCAUAAUUCCCCACUAUCCGGCCAGGGACAAGGCCAAGCUUUUGUUGCAAACCAGCAGCCGCCCCCACCCCCGCCCAAGACAAAGCAGUCCACGCGCAGACUGAUCAAAAACAUAUUGAGUGGCUCGUCCUCGCAUCGUAACCAAGAUUCUCAAUCUGGACAAAGUUCGUGGAGCGAUCCUUCAGGUAUUGUUCGCAGAUCGUCAAGGCGUAUAAGCCAGCCGCCUCCUCCUCCCGCCAUCCGCACAGGUGUAUCUCAGGUUUCGCUUGGCCAUCCUCCCGACUGGCAAGCCCAAUAUCCUUCAUCGCAGCCUUCGCCUCUCCAAACGGCAGAGUAUCGAGACUCGUAUCUUGUUGCGGGACAAGAAAGAGACUUGCAUCUCCAGAACCCGCAAGACCAGUACAACCCCACUAUUCGACCGGUCCCUCCUGAGAAAGACGUCUCGCCUUAUUCAGUGGGGGAAAGCGGGUACCAUCAACAGCAAGCCCAUUCGCAACUGCAGGUUAAGAUCCCUCCAGAUCUCCAGCAACAACAGUUCAACCAGGCUGAGUUCGAGGCCGCACUGCAACAACAGCACCAGCAACAGCAGCAGCAGGUGACCCCCCAGGACCCAUACCAGACCUCGUCGCAAGUGCAAUACCAGGCGAGCACACAUUCUGCAAUCUCGGGCCACCUUGGCAAUCCCCAGCACCAGAAUCCUGAGACGGUAUCGCAGCUUUCGCGCGAAUCGCCAACCAUCGAUUCGGACCAGCGCUCAGCGACAAACGUUCAAUCGUCUCUACAGGCUUCCGACGAGAGCAGUUACACGCCCCAAUCCCAGGAUAUUCCCCUGCGUCAGAAUCCACUCCCCGCGCAGGCUGCAGCCCAAUCCCAAGGCAAGACCCCGCAACAGCAAGUCAUGGCCCCACAACCCGGCGGACGCCGGUCCCAGGAUACCACCGAUAAGGCGACCGGGAUUCGCGAGGUACAACCACCCCCCGGCCCCCCUCCAAGCUAUCGCCAAAGUCAACAACAGCCCAGCAUGAACAACUUGUCUCAACCCUCCAACGCAGGCGGUCAAAGCUCUAGCAGCCAUCGCCAGGGAGACAGACAAGGUUUUGAUGGAUCGGGAGAAGUCCAAGGGCGUAACAGCCCCCAGCCGGCGUCUGAACGUGCUGCGGAGGACCAAGAGAAGACAUUGAAAGAGCUGCUGACGAAGUACAAGAACGUCAAGAGACUGUACUUUGACGGCAAGAAAGAAAUCGAACAGCUGGGCAACCAAGUUGAGCAGCUCCAAAAUGCAAUCGCCAACCAGCGCAUAUCGCAAAGCCGAACAUCGUUAGACGACAGCGAGUACACGACGCGGUUUAAUCGCUUGCAGGGUGCCAUCACAAACCUUGCCUUCAAUAUCAGGAAGGAAUGGAAAUCAUUACCAAAGUGGUUGGACCCAUACGUGACCACCAAUGCGCUGAAGACGGGCAAACAAGAAAUGACCGCCGUCGGCCGCGCAGUCAUAACUCGUUGGGUGGUAGAUGAGAUCUUCAAUCGCUGCUUUCACCCUGGCCUGGAAGCUGAGCUAAGCAAACAGCUUAGGACGAUUGAGCAAAACAUCAGACACUUUAGUUACACGUUGAACAGCCAGGAAGAAUACGAUGCGCUGACCAGCAAGGUUGUCAGCUGGAGAAUGACCACACUGGAAGGACUUCAGGACGUUCUCAGGAGCGCCGAGGCUGACGAUCAUAAGACUAAUUUCACCCGGCGCGCCACUAGCAAUCUGACCGCUCACCUUUUCCAACACCUUACGGAACCUGCGCCCGUUGGAGUCGACGGAAGUGUAGGCAUGAUUGUGGAGUUGGCGGUAGGGAUUGCCAGCAACCUGCCCCUUGAGAGCCGCGAUGUUGCCAUCAUCUAUCCGUUGCCAGAGCAGUCAGUUCAGACCAACCUCAUGGAAGUCGAAAAGACGCCAUUACCACCCCUGGAGUCGCGCCCGUCUGAUGCCAGCGAGGAAGGGACCGCAGGUGACGGAGCCAAGGAGUCCUCCAAGGAGCGCCGCGGCGACAAGGCCAGAUCCGCACAAUCUGGGGCGGCUUCACAAUCCAAGGAUGCUGGAAGGGUUCGCUUUGCCGGGUCUUUUGGUGUGGAAGUUAGGGGUCGCCAUGUUCUGAUUAAAGCGCCAGUCUGGACUAUUUGAGGCCUUGACGGGUCGAUGAUUUCCGCGCUUUUCUCCUUCCUUUAAAUCUUCUAUCUACUCGUAAUUGGCCAUAAGUAGGGAUGCAUAUAGGGCACUAUGUGUGCACGGAGAGAGAGAGACAAGUUGUUGAGAACCCGUUCUCCUGAAUGUUUCUCAAGCUGUGAAAAUGGAACAGGGAUGACUUGAGCAGACGAAUGAGUGAACUCGGUUUGAAAUGGCAGUCAUAGCCCCGUUGCGGGCAAUGGCAUGCAGAUGCAAAUGAAAAUCGGGAAUGGAUUUAUGUGACCUGCUUGUGAUGCUAGACUUCACAUUUUGGGGAUUUGUCUGAUGUAACAUGGGGUUGCUGGGGGGGUUCGCAUUUCUUCAAGGGCAAUGAACCACCGCAUAGUCAAUUCUCUUCUAAUUGUCUUGUGAGCUCCCUGGGAUGGGACAUCCCGAUCUACAGUACAUAUUAUACUUGUGUGUGUCUGAGGGAUUCAUGUCGAAGUACAUAGUACCUAACACUUUAUCGAUGCAUAACUUAUACAGC